CAAACGCCACAGGAAAUAUUCAUAUUCGCAACUAGUCUUGAUAUUUUUAAACUUUUGUAUAUUAGACAACUUGUUUUAUGGUCAUACAAUUCUGCCUUUAAGUUGCUUUCACACUGCGUAUGAAGAAAUGGGGCGCUACGCCUGUUUCCUGACGUUGUUGCUUGUCAGUUGUAUGGGCAUCGCUGUAUUCUCACAAGAGGAAGGCCAAGAAUUCCGUUAUGCCGGCAGUGAUGCCACGGUGUACGAGGAAGGCAACGGUGACGAUGUGGUCCGUGCCGUUAUGGAGAAACUGACCAGCGUCUGCAUCUUUAAAAAGGAUAAACAAAUGAUACGGACCAUCGCGCUAGCGGCGUCGAACGACGGGACCAAACCCGGAACAUUCCGUCCAGGUUAUCAUGGUGGAAUCUGGCAGGUGGACGAAACAGUCUUUCAGUCCACGAAGGAUUAUUCCCUGAGUUAUCUGUGGCGUCGCUUCAACAGCGCUUUCAACAUCGACUGGCCCACGGUGCAGUGGCGCGAUUUACGGAAGCCGUUGUAUUCGGCGCUGGCGGCGCGUCUGGCUUUGGCCAUGGUUGCUGAUGAAAACAACAACGAUAUUGAGAAUUCGCUGCCGUGGGAUACGUACAGCCAAGCCAACAUGUGGAUCCACGCGCUCGGUUUAUCCGGUGACCUCGGCGCGUACCAUCAGAUGUACCAAAAUGCUGUCCAACAGUUGCGCAAUAUUUCCCGUUGCAAAUCCGUCGGUGCGGAUAUCGCUUUCGUUGUCGACGGAUCCGGCAGUAUCGGAUCGGAAAACUUCCAGCACACCCUCAAUUUUGUCAAAGAAGUUAUUAGCCGACUGAACAUCGGACCCCAAAGCAACCAGGUGGCUCUGGUCCAGUACUCUGACUAUGCGCAGGCUGAAUUUCAUCUCAACACAUAUUCGACAAAAGAGCAGGUCUUGCAGAAAAUCUCAUCGGGCAUCUUUUAUCAGGGCGGCGGAACUGCUACUGAUUCCGCAUUGCAGCAGUUGCACCAGAACGUCUUUACCGUCGCCAACGGUGCCCGUCCCCAAAAAGCCAUACCACAAUUUGCGGUCCUUUUCACUGACGGCGCCGCCAAUGAUAACGUCGCGGCGCAAACGGAAGCCAGCCGGGUUCACAGCAAAAACAUUACGCUGCUAUCCGUCGGAAUUGGCGGCUGGAUUACCGAAACUGAAUUAACUGGAUACGCUUCAAAUCCAAAAUGCCAGAACACCUACCACCUUCAGGGAUUUGCGGAUAUGGCGCAAACGUUUGCUUUCGAACUGGAACAGCGUAGCUGUGACGGUCCUGGUUUCGUGGUCCCCUUGCCCGUAGACCCGCUAGUUCCGCCCACACCCAUCACCAUCGUUCUGCAGCCGGGUCAAGAACAGUACAUCUGCUUCAUAAUCCCGGUUGUUAAAGGCGCGACCAUCGUUCUCAACGGCACAUCAGGGACCUUGCUCGCCUACAUUUCCUUCUCCGUCACUAAGCCCAGUGCAGAGUUCUACGACCAUAAGAUGUCGGCGGCCGCUGGGCAAAUCGUAACCUUGUACCUGACUCCGGCGAUUAUCACGUCGUACGUUGGACCCCUCGUGCAAGACGCCCGUGUCUGUAUCACUCUGGCGGUAGGCUCGAAUGCCACUGCGACCGGGGAAACCCUGAUCCAUGAAGGCGCCGUGGACUGUGGUGCGGAAGAGCGCGACAUGCGUGAUAACGAUGUCAUGACCCUUACCAGCCCGGGUUUCAACAGCCUGACCAACCAGCCAGCCGGGUACCGCGGCGGCCUCAACUGCGUGUGGAAGAUCAACACUCCGGCCUGGACGACCCUGGAGCUGACCGUCAACUACUUCAAUCUCAACGAGAAUUUCGACGAAGAGCCCGGCUGGAACUGCCACGAACAGGACAAACUGGUGGUGGAGACCCAGGGCGCGGUGCAGCCCGGCGGGUAUCUGUGCGCCCAGCGACCCACUGGAUGGAAGUUUCCGGUGACACGGGCGCUGAACACGACAUUCAUUACCUUCACGAGCCGGGUGGCGGCGCCGCGGGAGUUCGGGUUCAGUGUGACGGUGCGGGCGAUCGGGCGGCAUCGGUUGGACUGCAAUAUCACCGAGAUCCAGCUGCAGAUGCAGAAGAAGUUCCUGCCGCUGCAGAUGCCGGUGCAUCGGUAUCAUCUCCUGGACACUUCCUGUAUGGCACGGGAUGGCGGUGCCUUGAUCCAUAUGAAUACGGGCUACGAUCGAUGCGGUACCAUUCGAAGCAUGAACGACGAGAACUUGUACUUUACCAACCAAGCAAGUGCACCCACUUUCCCGUCCUGUUCCAGUGCCGGCGCCUGUAUCGAUGUGCCGCAAGUGGACAUUCCGUUCCAGUGCAAACUGGAGCGCAAAGUUAAACCGUUGAGCGGAGUGUACAACAUGCCGGAAGAGUUGUUCCCGCGGACCACGCUGGUGGACCGGCCGUUGCUAGAAGGCAACAUUGACGUCGCUGUCAAAUUGGAUCUGGCUCGUGAUAUCGGCUUUUCUCCGGCCGAAAUCGCUAACCCCAGUUUCCAUGACUUUGACUUUCAAGGCAACCGCGUGUAUUUCCGCGUGGAGGGACGCCGUCGACGCGGCAGUGCGACGACGUUCGUCGUCCAGGCCGAUCAGUGCUGGACAACGCCGACACCGGAUAAGAACAAUCCGGAACGCUUCGACAUUGUUCUUAACGGUUGUCCAGUGUAUCAUCGAGACACAAAUCUGGAAUAUAAGCGUCACGACGGCUUCGGUGAUCAUCAGGAUGUCUUCAGCGUGAAGGCUGUCUACUUGAACGAGACCAGACCUCUGCAGCUGCAUUUCCACUGCAUUGCACGCGUGUGCAACGUCGGACUGGACCAUCAUCUGUGCAAUAAAGGAUGCGUCGACCCGGUCAAUCUGCCAGUACGCAAUGCGGCGCCGGUGACGGAGAAGAGCGAAGCCGCCAUGCAGCGUACCGCGCAGCUGGGCUACGUUAGCUUCGGCGGUAAACACGCCGUCCAAGGAGAACUUCGGAGCUGACGCAGUUAACGUCGUUUGAUAAUUUGUACAAAUACUAAUAUGGUGGUUCCCAUUACUCCUCUGUGCUAGAACAGCAUUCUCACAUAAUGUAUAAAUGUUUGUAGAUGGUUAGUAAAAGUCUCGAGAUACGAUAAAAUAAAGAACGGCAAAUUACUUGCUCAAAUUAAUCUAAAUUAAUUUCAUCUUGAAUGACUCACAUGUGUAUCGUACUCGCUCGAACAAAUAUCGCAGAUGCUCGUUUCAUGACUCCGCAAUCCGCAUACGACCAGUGACUGAUAAUGGCGCAGCAGGACGAUUGUUUCUUCGAUAAAUUAAAAGAAAUUUUACUGCUGUGACUUACUCUGUUUUUGUUGCGAAGUUUAUUUGAUGUGACUGGCUUGUGCUAAUAAAACCAUGUACCAAUA